UUUAAGCUUGAAGACAGCCAUUCGCCAUAUACAACAGUAACAGUAAACGCUGUUGUUGAUUAGUAUAACAGCUGGACAUGCUGAUUCGUAUAUCACGAAAGAUUUUUUAAUCGCGUGAUUAUUUCGUGCUCCUGUGUCUUUAAUACGUCAAUCAAACUACAAGGAUGUCAGGCAGCAACGAUAGUAGAGGGGGUGUACCACCACGUUGGCUUCAUUGUCCCCGUAAAGCUAUGAAACUGAUACAAAACAAGUUCCUGGCCUUUAAGACACCCCUCUCAUCGACCUAUGACAGCCAAGUUCCCGAGGAGUGUCGUUUCACUAUUGAUAUGUUAUUUGCAUAUCUGAAGAGUCAGAAGCUGAAGUUAGGCUUGUGGAUAGACCUGACUAACACGUCGAGAUUUUACGAUCGAAAAUGCAUAGAAAAUUACGGCUGUAAAUAUUUGAAACUGCAAUGCAGGGGACACGGCGAGACACCGUCGGAAGAGCAGACUCGCACCUUCGUGCAGGUCUGCCGGAACUUCAUUGCGCACAAUCCUCUGGAAAUCGUCGGUGUGCACUGCACGCAUGGCUUCAACAGGACUGGUUUUCUCGUCAUUAGUUAUAUGGUAGAAACCGAUGGUACCAGCGUCGACGCAGGUCUAGCAGAAUUCGCGAUCGCGCGACCUCCUGGUAUAUACAAAAGUGACUACAUACAAGAGCUGUACAGAAGGUACGACGAUGUAGAAGAUGCUCCACCACCACCUGCCAGACCUACAUGGUGUUUGGAAUAUGACGAUUCCAACGUCGAGGACACAGACAACGGCACGGGCACGGGAGUCGAGAAUCCUGAGUUAGAAGCACAUAGCAGGAGAAAAGGGAAGCGUGAGUUUAACAACAAAAAUCCUGUGUUCAUGGCUGGUGUACCUGGUGUUACACCUAUCUUGGAUAAAAUGAUAUUCUCGGGAGUUCAGAAGCGAGUCCAGGAGAUUUGUGGUUGGAAGUCUGGUGGAUUUCCUGGUUGUCAGCCAGUUACCAUGGACCUUGACAAUAUUAUGUUAUUGCACAAUAAACCAUAUCGAGUAUCAUGGAAGGCAGAUGGCACUAGAUACAUGAUGUUGAUACAAGGAGACAGGGAUGUAUACUUCGUAGAUAGAGACAACAGUGUCUUUCAAGUAACAGGGUUGACAUUUCCACAUGUGCGAGAUAUAACUAGAUGCCUAAAAGAUACUUUAUUGGAUGGUGAAAUGGUGAUUGACAAAGACGGAGACAAAAAUAUUCCCAGAUAUUUAGUAUACGAUGUCGUCAUGUACGACGGCCAGGAUGUCAGCAAAUUAUCAUUCCAUCCUGAUCGUUAUUGCAUUAUAGAAAAGCAAAUAAUUGCCGGCAGAUUAAGAGCUAUGAAGGAGGGACGAUUGUUGAAGGAACGGGAACCCUUUUCAGUGCGUCUCAAGUAUUUCUGGGACGUAACACAGAGUAAGAAUCUAUUGGGCGAAAAAUUUGCCAGUCAGUUGUCGCACGAGCCAGACGGCUUGAUAUUCCAACCGGCCGGAGAGAAAUAUUGUACAGGUCCAUCACCGGAGCUUCUAAAAUGGAAGCCGGUGUCACUAAACUCCGUAGACUUUCGAUUGAAGAUCGUGACGGAGACAGGUGAAGGUAUUUUGCCGCGUAAAGUCGGUCAUCUUUACGUAGGAGGGCAGAAAAUGCCGUACGGCUUCAUCAAGAUUACCAAGCAGAUUAAGGAUUUGGACAACACAAUUGUCGAGUGUAAACUCGAAAACGGUCAAUGGGUCUAUAUGCGUCAAAGAACGGACAAGUCGUUCCCUAAUUCGCUCAGUACUGCCGACUCCGUGUGUAAAAGUAUCUUUAAACCCGCCACGAAAGAAAGACUUCUGGAUUUUAUUGAGAAACGUAGAUUCGGGCGAGAAGACACAGUGUGUGUAGGAACCACUGAUUCAGAUCUUAUGCGACCACCUAGCAAAAGACCUAGAUAUAUGAAAGAUAAUCGUAGCGUGAUGCUGUGGUGCGUAAAGGAUUUGACAUCGAAAGAUCGCAGAUCUCUGCGAGUCAACAUAGAGUACGAUCACGCGACUUUAAUACGUUGGUCGCCGGAUGGGAAAGCAUUUAUCAUACACAAAGCUAUGGCCAACGCUAUCGAGGUGUAUAAAGUCGCAAAGAAGUCUGACGGUUUCUUGAUGUCUGCGACCAAGGCACUUGAGUUUCCUAAGCGUCACACUGAGGACGUUGUCGGAAUGGAUAUCGCGUGCACCGGGAAGUACAUCAUUACGUGCAGUAAAAUGAAUGAUCUUAUUGUAUGGGACCUGAAAGGUCAACCAUUGGCGACUGUGGAGCUACAUCUGGGAUCAACUUAUCGCGCUCGUAUAUCGCCCUGUAGCCGAUUCGUCGUCGUUUCUGGUUUCACGCCCGAUGUGAACGUGUUUGAAGUAGUAUUUAAGCAAGGCGAAUUCAAGCAAGUGGCGAAAGCCUUCGACCUCGCCGGGCACACGUCUGGAGUUCACGACUUCGGUUUCAGCGCCGACACUAGUCAGAUGGCUACCGUAUCCAAGGAUGGAACAUAUCGCUUCUACAAUACAAAAAUCGAAUUUGAAAAAGGUGAAGAUCCGCACCUUUUAACGACUGGAACUUGGGACACCAUGAUUCCGGCGAGUCUCGUUUUGUCUCCAAACGGGGAGGUUCUAGUGAUAGCACAUGGAUCCUCUAUUUCGUUUUACUCGACCAUUACUGGCACCUUGGAUAACACCAUAGAGGACCUCUUUCUCGGACCUAUAACAUGCUUGGCUUUUGAAGCUGCGGGAGAGUAUCUCUUAGUUUCAGGCGAUAAGCACAUCAAGAUUUUCCGCAAUGUCACCGGAUAUCGAACCGCAAUAGAAUCCGCAAAACGUAAAUUGGAGCUGAGACAGACGCAAGCAACGAGAGAACGUCUUCAAAAAAUCAUUCAGGAUAACACGGAGUUCCUCAUGAAAAUGGGAGAGAAAUGUCCAUGACAUUAAUUCGCUCCCUCUUCUUUCACUCCACGGUGCGCCAAAAUUGAUUAAAAAUAAAAUAAAAUUAUUUCUUCUCCCGACAAUGCUUUUUCUCUGUCGUGUAAAUAUUAAUAUAUAAACUUGAAUAUUUUCUUCAAAUAAAAAUAAUUUUCAUAUGUUCAAAACUUUUAAA